GUUUAAUUUAUUUUGAUAUCAUCUGGUUCUCAAAAGAUGGGCUAAUUUUCAGAGGGAGAUUGUUAAAAUUUUAGUUUCUACUUAUAUCCAGAUUUUGAUAAGAUAGCGGGGUGGAAAAGUAUUGGCCCCAAUUUAAGUUAGUAAUGGCGGCUUCUCCUGCCAGUCUCCUUCACUCCUCCUCCGCCUUUCUCCUUCGCCGGAAUAUUCCUUCCCGGUGCCACUUCCGACAACUUCACCGCCUCACUUCAACUUCCGGCGGCUUCAUUUUCCCCUCUAGACGGUUCAAACUUCCCGGCGUAUCGGUCUACGCACAGGCUAAACGCUCUUUAUCUACAAAAGAGGUCGAAGUCGCUACUGCUGCUGACCUUUUUUUCGAGUCGCCUCUUGAAAUUGUGGAAUAUCCGGAUCCGAUACUAAGAGCCAAGAAUAAGAGGAUUGACACCUUUGAUGAUAACUUGAAGAAGUUAGUAGAUGAGAUGUUCGAUAUAAUGUACAAAACUGAUGGCAUUGGCCUCUCAGCACCCCAGGUUGGUCUGAAUGUUCAACUUAUGGUGUUCAACCCAGUGGGAGAACGUGGUGAAGGAGAGGAGAUUGUUCUAGUAAACCCACGAGUCACAAAAUACUCAAGAAAGAUGGUUUUGUUUGACGAGGGCUGCUUGUCAUUUCCAGGGAUAUAUGCAGAUGUCAAGAGACCAGAAUCUGUGAAAAUCGAUGCACGAGAUGUUACUGGUGUAAGAUUUGCUGUUAGCCUGUCAGAGCUUCCUGCCAGAGUCUUCCAGCAUGAGUUUGACCAUUUGCAGGGAGUACUGUUCUUUGACAGAAUGACUAGUGAAGUACUUGACCGUGUGCGCCCUCAGUUACAGGCAUUGGAAAAGAAGUACGAGGAUAAGACGGGACAACCAAGCCCUGAAAGGAUAGAUACCUUCAAAGUAGCAAAGGUACCUGUCGGUUUUGGAACUCGUUAAGGGUCUUCCAUGUUGUGUCAAGUGAAAAGGGUGUUAUCCGAAGUUUUUGUUUUGCUAUUCAAAGAAACAAGAUGCUAGCUGAAGUUUGUGAAGACCUUGUAGAUGGAUGAUUUAUGUGUGUAGCUGAAACCUUUGUUUCUUUCAGGAUUCUGCUUCACAAAAGUAAUUGUAUGGGGGAGCUGCAGGUUGAUUUAUCUGUUGAAUGAUGUGUAAUAUUUGUUAAGUAUAUAUUAGAGUUCAAUAUAGAAUAUAAGUUUCCCCCUUGCAAAAUGUUUGAUGUAUUUCACACUUGUCAUGGAUUGACAUAGUGCUGUAACACGGUAUUUUUCCUGUGAAACAUAGUUAUAUAGGUAAUUAUAUUUUAUUUAAAA